CGUGGAGGUAGCACUCAUGGCCAACGCCGGCCAGUCGACUUGACUGGCAUUCUAUCAAUAGCCGAGAAGAAUGACUUGGUAACUCUAGUCAAUGCCAUUACGGAGAGAAUGGCUAGAGAUAUUAGCAAUAUCUUUGACUCCCCUCCAGUUGCUCCACUCCAAAGCGACCAUGAUCACCACCACCACCACUGGCUUCUGCUUUCCCUACAUCAUCAAAAACAGCACAAACCAACCUCCCAUUCACUUAUGGGUAUAAAACGAAUUGGUUCCUCAAAGCCAUUUGAUAAGACACACGAUAUCAUCGAGAAAGAGGAGAAAGAAGCCAUGACGCCGCAGCUGCGUGAGCUAAAGAAGGAGGCUUUGAUCUUUUUUCGCAAAUGGCAGACUAUAGUCUUGCAGCGUGUUCGAGAUAUUGCCGUCAGUGAUCAACCAGGCCCUCAGCUAAGCAUUCGUGGUCGUGGGCGUGGAAUUAGAGGAAUGCCUCGAGGGCGAGGUGUAGGUGGUCGUGGCGGCGGCAUGAUGCGCAGCCCCCUGACUCUGGCAACAGGACCACCGCGAGCACCGUCCAAUUAUGUGGACCGUAGCCUAGCUACUCAGUUUCCCCCGGUUCCCAACGCUCUAUGGACUCUGGAUAUGGAGAAGCGUAGGCUAUUGCUGCAUGUUGUGUUUCUCGUUCUGCUAUCGAUGCAAGAGUACACAGCAAAUGCAAGACACCUCAUACAGAGCCUUGCAACUUCUUUGAACCUCCCACCUUGGGUAUACCGAGAAGAAGAACUACGCCUUGCUCGCGGGCUAGCUAGGACAGCUCUUAACCUCUCUGAAGAAGAUGCGAUUGCACUGAAGAGUGAGGAGACGAAGACAUCUCGACGCUGGAAGCUUGGGUUGGGAAACAAUUCGGGAAAACUUGCUGCUCCUCUUGCUGCAGUUGGUAUCGGUGCGGCCCACGGUGGUCAUGGACUCACUCAGUUUACAGCGGCAGGGCUAUUGGGAAUAAUGGCCGAUAAUGCACUCGCAAUAGGCAGCCUCUUCGGCAUCAAUACUUUAAAGCCGUUGGGCAAGAUGAUGGAAACUUUCGCUCGAGAAGUUACCGACUUCGCAUUCAUUCCCAUUCAUAGCACGGAUGCGUCUGAGUACCGCGACCCCCGAGUUAUUCCAGCGGAACAUCGAAGACUUUGCCUUACCAUCACUAUAGGCGGAUAUGUCGUUGGGGAUGAAGAUAUCACAAAAACUUGGCAAAGUCUAGGUCGCUAUACCGAAACUUUUGUUACGCGGUGGGAAACUGCAGCCCUCACAAGCCUUGGCGGCUCCCUUGACACUGUUAUAAAGAGCAGUUCUUGGAGCAGUGCCCAGGCAGAGAUUAAAGCUCGCACAAUUUUCUCAAGCCUUGUGGACGCUACCUGGCCCAUUUCACUUCUCAAAGUCAGCAAGAUUUUGGACAAUCCUUGGAAUGUUGCGAUAGUCAGAGCAGAGAAGGCAGGGGCUGUAUUUGCUGAUGCCAUUUUGCGACAAAAAUUUCAUGGAGACAGGCCAGUCUCGUUGAUUGGAUACGGCCUUGGGGCCCGUGCCAUCUAUACAUGCCUCAUGGUAUUAGCAGAGCGCCGACAGUUUGGAGUCAUCGACUCAGUUGUCAUGAUGGGCUCCCCAGCACCGUCGGAGAGUCGCGUAUGGCUGACGCUCAAGAGUGUUGUAUGUGGCCGCUUGGUCAACGUCUAUUCAGAACACGACUACAUGCUCGGAUUUCUAUAUCGAACUGCCAAUAUUCAGUUCGGUGUCGCUGGUUUGCAGGAAAUCCAGGGAGCAGAUGGAGUCGAAAACUACAGAAUGAAGAGCCUUCCUCGCGGCCAUCUGACCUAUCAAAGCCAGGUGAGUCAGAUUUUGAAGAAUAUUGGCUGGGAGGAUGCCACCGCAGAUGCU